GAAGCAGAAUUAUAGUAAAAAUAUAUACAACAGUGAAAGGAAAAAGUCUUUUGGCAAAUGUGGAUUGUGACUAAUUUUUCUUGCUGUGUUUUGCCUUUGGACUGUUUAUGAUAUAAGGUCAUUCGUUUGGCAUCGAGGAGAGAGCAAGAUGAAGAUUUUGUGCCAUCAUCAGAGAUCGGUUUCGGUGGAACUUUCUAGCAUACACACACACACACACACACACACACACACACACACACACACACACACACACACACACACACACACACACACACACACACACACACACACACACACACACACACACACACACACAAACAGGUGGCACUUAUAGGGCUCUGUUAUGGGCUGGGACUUUUUUGUAAAUGUUAAUCAUUCAUAUUUACAGCUGCGAGAUGGUUAUCAGGGUGCCAAAGCAACAGCCAAAGGUCCACUCUAGUUCAGUGUUUGAGGAGCAGCUUGAGAACAGCAUCUGGGUUAGGCAUGGGCAGGCCUACCAUCACAGCGAGCAGCUUACUGCUUCUGACUGUUGCUGCAUUGAUCGCAUUAACAAAUGCGAAUCUGACUCCUGAAAUUCUAAACAACUUUGAGACCUUGUGUGAAGACAUCCCUAAAGGUGGAUUUGCCUUCCAAAUAGAGGCAACGGAUAAGGAGGAGGACCCCCUCAGUUACUCAAUCAGUGGACCAAAUGCCGGGUUCUUUACUGUGGCCAAAACCAAUGGAACGGUCACAAUAAAUAACCAACUUGAUCGAGAGGCUAGAGACUCAUUAGUGGUCACUAUUGAGGUUUCUGAUGGCAAAAAUAUGGCUACUAAAGAUCUAACAAUAAUACUAUCGGAUGCCAAUGACAACGCACCCAUGUUUCAGGCCUCCUCUUACAAUGUAGAUAUCAAAGAGAAUGUACCUGUGGGAAAAAUUUUAUUGACAGUAUUGGCAAUUGAUCCGGACUUUGGACCGCUAGGCUCUGAGAAAUACAGCAUUGAUGAAGUAUUUCCAAUUGAGGGAAAAAAGCUAUUUUCCAUCAACGACCGCAGCGGAGAGGUCAAACUAAAGCAUCCUCUAAACUACACUUCUUUGAGCACCUUCUACCGGCUAAAGAUAAUUGCUUCUGAUGAAGGAGGUGGCAGUUGCAAAAUGAAUGAACCCCAGUCGAGUUUCACCUUCAGCUUCAUCACAGUAUUGGACGUUCCGGACCUCAAUCCCAGAUUCCUAUCGCUUCCGUACAGAGGAUCAGUGCAAGAGGGAACAGAAUUGGGAACGCCAGUGCUUACAGUGUUAGCCCUAGACCAAGACACAGGGGUCAACGACAUAAUGACCUACACCAUAGAAGCUGGCUCAGGCGAACCGGUGCCCUUCAUCAUCUCAGAAGAUACAGGUGUCAUAUCUGUCAGUUCAGCAAUCGACCGGGAAACCAUUGGUGAUAGUAUUACACUGACGGUCAAGGCAACUGAGCAGAAACCAAACGUAUAUGGGAAGGAUGCCUUUGCCACUGCGGAUGUGCAGAUAUCCAUCCUUGACAUUAAUGAUAACCCGCCCAAGUUUUAUAGCUGUGGAAGCAAAUGCGUGGAAGCGAGUGAAUUUAGAGGAGAAAUCCAAGAAAACUCUGCCGGAAAUCUUCAAAUCAACAUGACAGUCAAAGACCUUGAUCAGGACGGAAAAAUCAAACUGGAAGUGGAUGGCGUGGAUAAGGACGCCUUUGCCGUGAAUCCUACGACGGCAACUUCAAAAAGCACCGUCCAGCUUGUGGUCAAAGACCCUCAAAAAUUAGAUUUUGAGAAGAAAAAAGAAAUGGUUGUUCAGGUGAUCGCCAUAGAUGAGGAGAAACCCACCAUGCGUUCCACCGCCACCGUUACCAUUAAGAUCUUGGACUUGAACGACAACAGCCCCACCUUCCCAAAGGACACGUACACGAUCGAUGUGCCGGAGCACAGUCCCGUUGACACAACAGUGGCAACGAUCACGGCAACAGAUGGCGACGCAAUAGACAAGGACAAACUCACCUACCGACUGCUUCCACAGAGCAUCCUUAAAUAUUUCAACGUAACAGAAAACACGGGGGAAGUCUAUGUGACAAAUAGCACGCUGAUUGACCGCGAGGUCAAUUCUCUGUACUCAGCCACACUGCAAGCCAGGGACACCAACAACCUCAUCGGCACCACAGUGCUGGAGAUCAGCCUGACGGACAUCAACGACAAACCGCCCAAAAUCAACCCCAACUCCUACAAUGUGUUUGUUGAAGAGGGCAAGGAGUUCAGACUUCAAAUAGAGGCUACAGACGCAGAUGACCCAGAGUCGAUCAACUCAAAGAUAGUAUUUGCCAUCGUGCCCACCAACUACAGCGAUUACUUCACCAUCGACGCCGCCACAGGGGUGCUGAUCAACAGAGUUGAGCUGGACAGAGAGGCCUUAGAGCCCACGGCGAAGGGCAAGAUUGAGCUGAAUAUAACCGCUACCGACAAGGGUGUUCCUGCUUUGAUGACCUCGGCCGCUGUGACCGUCAAUGUAGAGGACGUCAACGACAACGAACCCAUAUUCACAGCGAGUUCUUAUGAAUUUUCCGUCAAGGAAGGGGUAAAAGGUGCCUUCGUGGGCUCCGUCUGGGCGAGCGACUUGGACCAGGCUUUGGAUUUCAACCGCAUCUCCUUCACCAUCCUCGGAGGGAGCUUCGGCAGCUUCAUCAUCCGCACGGUGGCGAACGGCACGGGUUACCGCGGCGACAUCACCGUUGACCCAGACGUCGAGCUGGACUACGAAAAGGAGCCCAAAGAAUUCAACCUGCAGGUGGAGGGGAUGGACCUGUCGGGGAGCAGGGCGGAGGUGGAGGUGAAGAUCAAGGUGCUGGACGUCAACGACGAGAGGCCAGAGUUCAAGCCCGAGGGGCCCCUGGAGGUGGAGGAGAACAGCAAGGACACCGGGUCCCUGGGCAGCUUCUCGGCGGAGGACAAGGACGGGACCAGCUCCUUGGUCUACCAGAUGGAGUCCUGCGAGUGCCGAUGCAACGGCACCUAUAAACCCUGCGACUGGAUGCUGGUGGACGGGAAGGGAGCGGUCACCAUCAACCCGGAGGCCAAGCUUGACUAUGAGGAGUGUGACAAGGUGAAGGUGUGGGCCCAGGUGGUGGACGAGAACACGGAGGUGGGGGAGAACAACAGCAUCAGCGCAGCGGAAAUGGUGGUGGACAUUGUGGACGUCAAUGACAACGCUCCAGAAUUCCUUAUCUCAGACGCUGUCAUUGUGCUGGUGUCAGAAACCGCGAGCAAGGGUUCAUCAGUGACACAGGUUACAGCUACGGACCGGGACAGCGGGAUCAACAAGGAAAUCGAAUUCAAAGUGACAGCUGUGAAAUACGAGGACACCAACUCCCAGAUAGUAGAUUUUAGGACCAUCUUUGAGGCUGUCACCACUCAACAGAAGGACUUUUAUGUGGGAAUCAUUCAACCUACUGAAGAGCUUGAUAGCUCAAAGAAGGGGAAGUAUUUGGUGAACGUGACCGCGACAGACCGCGGCGGCCUCUACGCAAGAACUGAACUCAAGAUUUUUAUUAUCGACAAAUCAUUUAAAGUUGAAGUCCGAUUUGGAUUGCCAAAGACGGAAGUGGUUGCAAGCCGAGACAGUAUCACUCUGGCUCUUUCUGCUGCAACCAAAUCUGCUGUUUAUGUAACUGCUAUUAUAGACGACCCGGGUCAAUUCAGGGCUCUGGGUGACACUCUAAUGAUGGCGUACUUCGUAUACCCUAACGGGUCCGCCCUUUCGGAACAAGAUGUGAAUAAGAAGUUCACAGAUCCAAAAAAUCAUGACCUACUGGCACAAUACAAUCUCGAAAACGUUGGAAAAGUGACUGUGGUCCAAGAGCCCCCCAACACUUUGCAGUUUGGGUUACUGGGUCUGUUGGGGGGGCUGGUGAUUGUCCUCAUCGUGCUCACGACCACUUUGGUCUGCACCCGGAGAAGCUACCGCACCAAACUGAAGGCAGCGAAGGCCAUGAAGUACACCAACAUGGAGACCACAGACAACCAGCGGGGGGGUCCGGUCGUCCCGGGAACCAACAAGUACACCAUGGAGGGGGCUAACCCGGUGCUCAACCUGAACAUAGACACAGUCACAGACCUGGGCUUCGACGAGGAGAGCUCCAACGUUGAAAGAAUCAGUGUAAAUUCCUUUGACGACGGCAUGAGCCUGCACUCUGAGAACGACAGAACUAUGAUGGUCAUCCAGGAGGAGGACGAGGAGUCAAUAAACAUCGAGCCUCUGGGGGCAGCACUGGCCCAGAGAGCCAACCGACGGGAGGCUGGGAGCUCCGAGAUGGGCUUCACCAACCCUGCCUUCAGCGUCACGGACCUGUAACCCCUAACAGACCCGGAACAGACCAAUUACAGAUCUGGAACAAACCUGUAACCUGUAAUCAACAUGCAACAGACCUGUAAUAGACGUGUAAUCAACCUGUACCAGACAUGUAACAUACGUGUAACAGACCUGUAACAUACAUGUAACACAGACAUUUAAUAGACUCGUAAGCUACCUAAGAAUAAUAUGAAGAAUGUAUCAUAUUAAUACAAUUAAAUAAGAAUAUUAAUAAUAAUAAUAAUAAUAAUAAUAAUAAAUGCACCUUUCUUUUCCAUUCAAAACUGAUGAAUGAUGGCAUUUUGACUUUUAAUUGUACCAUGCAUGGAUUUGAGAAAAAAUCCAUAAUGGUAAGGAAAAGGUAUUAGGAAAGAAAACCAACCAAAUUUGUGUUGCACAUGUGAAUCACUUUAUUCUACUCAGUACAAUAUUUAAAAUGUUGUUUCAUAUACAUUUUCCUCAUCAUGCUUUCUGUUUUGUCAAUGUAUUUUGCUCGAAUCAACACAAUUCUUCAAAGAAGAAUUAUGAUUAAAAACUGGUUAAAAAGCGAAUAUACCUCUCCUACAUCAUGUGACUAAAGGAUAUACACCAUGGAAGUAUUCUACGCAAAAAUAUUCUCCGGGAUCCUUAACUU